UGGUUAAGAAGUGAAUGACGCAACACCCCUCAGGCCCACUGAGAAUCGGCCUCCCCAAGCCCGGCUCAAACGCCGCUUCCGAUUGGUCCUUACGGCCAGAGCGCCGCGCCGUGUGCUGAGGUUAACUUCCGGGCCCGAACCCCCACCCCCGGGCAAAGAUGGCGGCGGCCAGGUGCUCCAGGCUCGCGCUCCGCGGGCGGGGGCCCUCGCUGCACACUGCGGCCCAGGCCGCCGUCACGGCUCCAGAAGUGACCGGCCCCGAUGUCACGGCGGCCCCCGUGGCGCGCUACCCGCCGAUUGUGGCCUCCCUGACCGCCAAGAGCAAGGCGGCACGCCAGCGGCGAGUGGAGCGGUGGCAGGCGUCGGUGCACGCGGCCGAGUCGGUGGACGAGAAGCUGCGCAUUCUCACCAAGAUGCAGUUCACGAAGUACGUGGUUUACCCGCAGACUUUCGCCCUGAACGCCGACCGCUGGUACCAGGGCUUCACCAAGACCGCCUUCCUGUCGGGCCUGCCGCCGCCCGCCGAGCCCGCCGAGCCCGCCGAGCCCGCGCCCGCCCUGGACCUCGAGGCCCUGCGCGCCGCGGCGUGUGACGGCCUCCUGCAGGAGCACUUCUACCUGCGGCGCAAGCGGCGCCCGCCCGUCUACCGGGACCGCGAGGCUCUGGCCUCGCCCUUCCUGGAUCAGCUGGUGGCCGCCCUCGUGGGCCUGCUCAGCGCGCAGAACCCGGUGCUGGCCACCGCCGCCCUCGAUCAUAAGCGCCCAGUUCACUUUUACUGGUUGCGAGGUGAAGAAAUUAUUUCUAAGGGUCAUCGGAAAGGUCGAGUUGAUGCUUUACGAUACCAAAUAAAUGAUAAACCACACAACCAGAUUCGAAUAUCCAAACAACUCCCAGAGUUUGUGCCACUGGAUUAUUCUAUACCCAUCGAAAUCCCUGUUAUGACUUGUAAGCCAGACAAACUUCCAUUAUUCAAACGACAAUUUGAAAAUACCAUAUUUAUUGGCUCAAAGACAGCAGAUCCAUACUGUUAUGGUCACACACAGUUUCAUCUAUUACCUGACAAAUUAAAAAGGGAAAGGCUUUUGAAAAGGAACUGUGCUGAUCAGAUAGAAGUUGUUUUUAGAGCUAAUGCUAUUGCAAGCCUCUUUGCUUGGACUGGAGCACAAGCUAUGUAUCAAGGAUUUUGGAGUGAAGCAGAUGUUACUCGGCCUUUUGUCUCUCAGGGCGUGAUCACAGAUGGAAAGUACUUUUCCUUUUUUUGCUACCAGUUAAAUACUUUGGCACUGACUACGCAAGCUGAUCAAAAUAACCCUCGUAAAAAUAUAUGUUGGGGGACACAAAGUAAACCUCUUUAUGAAACAAUUGAGGAUAAUAAUGUGAAAGGUUUUAAUGACGAUGUCCUACUUCAGAUAGUUCACUUUCUACUGAACAGACCAAAAGAAGACAAAUGACAGCUGCUGGAAAACUAAGAAGAAAUAAUUGAUUCAGGUCUUCAGGAAUAUUUCAUUUUCUCUGAAGGAAAAAUAAAAGGAAUUUUAAUGA